AUGCUUGGCGCGCUCUCUAUGGAUAUUCUGUCUGAUUUGUGCUUUGGGAAAUGUUUUGAUACCUUGAACAAUGAGAAGGAACGGGAUCUUAUUCUUGAAGGCAUGGAGAAAUCUGUUCAGAUGGUUCUUAAGGAGGGAACUAUGCACAGAUGGCCAAAAGGCAUCUGGGAUUAUAUUCACUCGAAGGAAGAUGUAGUAAAACGGAAAUACGUCUAUCAGAAAGCGAUUGGAGCAAUGAUGGAACGCAUACAGAGAGGAGACGAAGGUGGUGAGAGAGGCGGCGACAUCUUUUCCAACCUUCUCCACGCGAAACAACCGGAAACUGGAAAGCCGUAUGAUCAGCGCGAGUUGAUGGGCGAAGCGAUUCUCCUCCUUGUGGCAGGUUCUGAUACAACCUCAACUGCGUUGACGGUGAUUAUCUGGCAUCUCCUGGCAAACCCGGAAACUAUGCAGAAGUUGACCAGUGAAGUCUGUGGGACAUAUAGCUCCGUUGAAGACAUUAAGUAUCAGAGCCUCCAGAGUCUUCCAUAUUUACAUGCUGUCAUUGAGGAAGGUCUGCGGAUUUGUCCUCCAAGUCCCGGUUUGAUUCCACGAGUGGUCGUGGAUCGGAGCCCAGGAAAUUUAGUGAUUGGGGACCACGUUUUCCCUCCAGGGACCGAAAUUGGAGUCUGCAACAUCUCUCUCCAUCUCAACUCCAAAUACUUCGAUAACCCCAAGACUUUCCAACCAGAGCGCUGGCUCCAGGACUCGGCCCUCAAAUGCAACAAGACUGCAUUCUCCCCCUUCUCUCUUGGUCCCAGAGCAUGCUUAGGCAGAAACAUGGCAUACAUGGAAAUGAGCCUAACGCUAGCCCUCCUCGUAUACCAGCUCAAACUGUCAUUCACCAAUCCCGAAAAGGAGUUACAGGACGGAUUCGACGUCGAAGAUGCAUUUGUUGCACUAAAACCUAAGGUCCGGGUACAGGUAGCAAAGGUCUGA